GUGACGCACUGCUGUCAACAUGCAAGAUGGCUACUCAUCACAGGCAGAAUGCUGCGGGGCGGAGGAAAGUUCAGGUUUCCUAUGUGAUACGUGAUGAAGUAGAGAAGUACAAUCGCAAUGGAGUGAACGCACUACAGCUUGAUCCAGCCCUGAACCGACUUUUCACUGCUGGCAGGGACUCAAUUAUAAGAAUAUGGAGUGUAAACCAGCACAAACAAGAUCCGUACAUUGCAUCCAUGGAACAUCACACAGACUGGGUCAAUGAUAUUGUACUUUGCUGUAAUGGAAAAACAUUAAUUUCUGCUUCAUCUGAUACCACAGUUAAAGUGUGGAAUGCACACAAGGGAUUUUGUAUGUCCACGUUGAGAACACAUAAGGACUAUGUGAAAGCCUUGGCCUAUGCAAAAGACAAGGAACUGGUAGCAUCAGCAGGGCUAGACAGGCAGAUUUUUCUUUGGGAUGUAAACACUCUUACUGCACUGACUGCCUCUAACAAUACUGUCACUACUUCAUCUUUGAGUGGAAACAAAGAUUCUAUCUACAGUCUUGCGAUGAAUCAAAUGGGAACAGUAAUUGUUUCUGGAUCAACAGAAAAGGUGCUAAGGGUUUGGGAUCCUCGGACCUGUGCAAAGUUGAUGAAACUUAAAGGGCACACAGACAACGUGAAAUCUUUAUUGCUAAACAGGGAUGGAACACAAUGUCUGUCAGGCAGCUCUGAUGGGACAAUCAGACUGUGGUCUUUGGGCCAGCAGCGGUGCAUUGCCACAUACCGAGUUCAUGAUGAAGGAGUCUGGGCACUUCAGGUCAACGAGGCAUUCACUCAUGUUUACUCAGGAGGGCGGGACAGGAAGAUUUAUUGCACAGACCUGCGUAACCCAGAUAUCAGACUGCUCAUUUGUGAAGAAAAAGCUCCAGUUUUAAAGAUGGAACUGGACAGGUCUGCAGACCCAUCACCAGCAAUUUGGGUGUCUACCACAAAAUCUUCAGUAAAUAAGUGGUGUUUGAAAGGUCUCCACAAUUUCAGAGCUUCUGGGGAUUAUGACAAUGACUGUAGUACACCACUGACGCCGCUUUGCACACAGUCUGAACAAGUCAUUAAAGGAGGGGCCAGCAUAAUUCAGUGCCACAUUCUAAAUGACAAGAGACACAUACUUACCAAAGACACCAAUAACAAUGUGGCAUACUGGGAUGUUCUUAAAGCUUGCAAGGUAGAAGAUCUUGGGAAAGUAGAGUUUGAUGAAGAAAUUAAAAAAAGAUUCAAAAUGGUUUAUGUGCCAAAUUGGUUCUCAGUUGAUCUGAAAACUGGGAUGCUGACAAUCACACUGGAUGAAAGUGACUGUUUUGCUGCCUGGGUUUCUGCAAAGGAUGCUGGAUUUACCAGUCCGGAUGGAUCAGAUCCGAAAUUAAACCUUGGAGGUCUUCUACUUCAGGCUUUGUUAGAAUACUGGCCUCGAACGCACAUCAACCCAAUGGAUGAAGAAGAGAAUGAAAUGAAUCAUGUAAAUGGCGAACAAGAAAACAGAGUUCAGAAGGGAAAUGGGUAUUUUCAGGUGCCACCUCACACUCCUGUCAUAUUUGGUGAAGCAGGAGGAAGAACUCUCUUUAGAUUAUUGUGUCGAGAUUCAGGGGGAGAGACAGAAUCUAUGCUUCUCAACGAGACUGUUCCACAAUGGGUAAUUGACAUCACUGUGGAUAAAAAUAUGCCUAAAUUCAACAAAAUUCCUUUCUACCUCCAACCUCAUUCGUCUUCAGGAGCAAAAACACUAAAGAAGGACAGACUCUCCGCCAGUGACAUGCUCCAGGUGAGGAAGGUGAUGGAGCACGUAUAUGAGAAGAUCAUAAACUUGGACAAUGAGUCACAGACAACAAGUUCCUCCAACAAUGAGAAACCUGGAGAGCAGGAGAAGGAGGAGGACAUUGCAGUUUUGGCAGAGGAAAAAAUUGAGUUGUUGUGCCAGGACCAGGUACUGGAUCCAAAUAUGGACCUGCGGACUGUAAAGCAUUUCAUCUGGAAGAGUGGUGGUGACUUGACACUUCAUUAUAGACAAAAGUCAACGUGAAUAGUUUGAAGACGCUCUGACCCCAUGAGACAUUCAUCAGUCACCCCCCAGCCUGUACGUUUCCAGACGUAGACGCCCCAUUAAACCCCGAUUAAAUAUGCCCUUCGGCAAAUGGCUCUUGCCCUGUCCAGAUGAGAUCCUCUGUGUGGUUCCUUUCCCACCAUCCAGUGGGCUGAAUCAGAAUGCAAAAAGAAAAAACAAAAUUAAGGGAGGGCCUAAGAUGUAACUGGGGCACAGACCGUGGGGAGUUCAGGUUUUGUGCUGUGUUACGCAGAUGGAUUUUCAAAUAUCUAUAUGAAGUUAUGGACCGUCUAUUUUUUGCUUUUUAUUUUUAUUUACAAUGCGUUUGAUUUUUUUUUUUUUUUUUUGGUGUGUGUGUUUCUUUUCUCCCCCCACCUUUUUUUUGUUUUUUUUUUAGGCAUGUGUUUUUUGUGAGUCCCCAUGCCGGAUGUUUUGUACUCAUCAGUGCUCACUUUGUGAUGUGAUCGUAAAUUGCACGCAACUCUCUUUUUCAGUACAUUCCAGACACGAGGCGUUUGUUUCCAGUGAUGUGUGGCAACAGCAGAGACCAAGAGGUAAACAUUAGAAGUACCACUUGUAGCAGCGCGUUGUUUUCAUUUUUGAUUCCACUUUAUCAUUCUUUAAGCCAUUCUGAUUUGUUGUCUUUCAGUUCUUUAUUUUCUGUGACAUGUAUAUGGCUUAAAUUCUGACAGGGCGGGCGUAAGCAGAUUAAGUAAAGCUCUUUUUUUUUUUUUUUGUUUAUUUGUUAUGACAAUUUUAGAUUCAGUUAUAAUUAUUGCACAUUUUCCGUUUUGAGGCCAUAGUAAUUUUUGUUGUGUAUUUUUAUGCUCUUUUGUAAAUUGCCAGAACUUCAGAGGCCACAGGUUGCGGAAGCGAUGUUCCAUUUUCAUUUUAGCUUUUCAUUUUGUAGCAUUUCUGGAUUGUGUUUUUUCACAUUUUUUCAUUCAAACCAAACGGUACUGUAUGCCAGUUCUAAACACAUGAAGUUCUUUACAGAAGAGGUGCUCCCUUAUGUUUUGUACAUUUCUGUUACUAUGACCUCAGGAUGCUGCCCUCACCUACCGUGACUCGUUCUCACUGCUCGGACCUUACCUUCAACACAACAUGGGUUUGGCAGGCAUCUUAAGAAUGACUUGCAGGAGACCACCCUCCUCGCUUUUUUUUUGUUCUCAAGCAGUGCAACUUUAUUGUGCUUGGCAAAUAAAACACAAAUCAAAAGACAAUGGAAAUUUGACUGCACAGUAAUGUAGUCAGUGGAAAAGCUCUGGCAUAUUUUCCACAGUGGAGGACAAAACGAAACUGCUAUGACAUUAAUCUGAAAUGAGACAAAUCUCUAGAGUUAGUUGUACAAGCUGUAUAUGAGAUCCAGGGGGAACAUGUAAAGCUGCCAUAUCCAAAAUUCCUGUACUAUUUAAGUUCCCCUUAUUGACUGUAACUAUAUCUGUAGUAUAUUUUGGUUUACUAUAUACUAAAUAAAUUGAACAAUAAACAUGA